UCAAAAUGGCGCGUAACAAUGAAAAGAUAAAAAAAUAACAUUCGUACUUCAUACUGGGCCUCCUUACAUCUUAAAAUGAUUCAGAAUCAGUUGAAGAAUACUACUAAACCAUACAGAUGUUUGUUUGAUCUGAGAAAUAUCCAAAAAGCGAAGGUGGAACAUUUAGUGAAUGCAAGGCUUCUACACCAACUUCAUAAAGACUAUGAUGAAAGCACAGCAAAAUCCAAAAUACCAUUUAAGAACAUCGGAAAACCAGUGAAUAACCAGAGAUACUUGCAGUGCAUACAUAAGCCACUGUCUAUUAACCAUCAGAUGAGUGAUUCUGUUGGGGGUAACAGGAUGUACCUGGAGAGGUACCCAAGUGUUACUACAAUAUUAUCAAACACUAAACCACCCAAUGAAUUCUUUGGGUUGAUGAACUGGAGAAAAUCAAAUAUUGAAAGGUUUGGUAAGGAAAAGUUUGGCUUGAUGCAGAAAGACACAACUAUUAAAGGAACCACUUUCCAUCAGGAUAUGAAGGAAUAUUUUGCAGCAGAAUCAAGUAAUGAAAGGCAUCACAAGUUACACACAUCUGGUUUCAUAAAGAGUGUCUGUAAUGUUUUACCAAACAUCUCCAACCCAUUAGCAGUGGAAUCUUCUGUUGUGCACUCAAGUCUUGGUUACGCUGGCACAAUUGACCUUGUUGCAGAGUAUAUGGGAAUACUUUCAGUAAUAGAUUGGAAGACCUCACAGAAAAAGAAAGUUAAUCUUACCCAGUGUCAUUCCUACCCAAUACAAAUCUCUGCAUAUGCCGGUGCUAUUAACUUUGACCUAGACUAUCCAUUUCAGAUCUUAAAUAGUGUCCUUGUGAUAGCAUAUGAAAAUGGUGACCCAGCAGAUGUACAUAUCAUGAAUGAACAACUAUGUGAAGAAUACUGGGAGAAAUGGCUUAUCAGACUCCAUCAGUAUAAGGCUAUGAAAUCUAGAGACUCUGUAGAACCAAAGAGAACUGGCUGGGCCAUAAUCGAGGACCAAUAUGUUAGUACUUCUCUGAUUUCUGAUGAGAAUGGUCCUCAAGAACGACUUUCAGAAGGAGCACAGAUGAUCGAAAAUGGACAAAAUUUGAAAUCAUUUGUGAGAAGGCAACCUGUUUUUGAUGUUAAGCAAAAUAGAGGAAAAUCCUUAAAUGAAAUUGGAAAAACAGUAAAAGAUGAAGAAAUCGUUGCCACAUGGAGAAAUCUGACAGGAUUGACUGAGAGUAUAUUUGGUCGUGUUUUGAUAUCUAAAGGACUGUUAAUGACUCACUAUAUUACCAGUAUUUUUAAAGUAUCCAUGAAGAAGAUAUUUAAUAGCAUGGAUCUUAUUCCAAAGAAAGGGAACCAGUUUCACGAGAAAAAAAUAGGAAAACAUGGGUCUGCAUAAAACUGUAUUUUUGUAAUCAUAUUUUUUAAAAUAUUUUUGUUUUCUAUUAUCACUUUUAUAUUUAAAAGAAAUUAGAUUGAAUGCACGCAAUACUGAACCCAUGAAAAAGUACUAAGAAUGAAUACUACGAAUUUGGGCAAAGUCAAAGUCGUUUGCUUUCUUGUUUUCUAUUGUCUACAUAGUAAGCACCUUUUCAUGGGUUCAUCUUGACCACUCUACAUGUGAAAGGAAAAAAACAAUAUGGUAGAAAAGACAGUAUGAUUUUUGUUUAUAAAUCACUUUUGUAUUUAAAGAAAGAUUUAUAGAAUUUGAUAAAAUGAUGAAACACUUUCAAAGACA